UCAUUUACACCUGUCCAGCGACGGCACCAGUGUCUGUUAAAGCCAGCUCUCACUCCCUGCGCUGAAGCAAAGUACUUGUGACGUUUAAGGAUGGAGGAAGAAAUCAAUUAUUCUACGGUGGUGUUUAAAAAUGGUGGCCAAUCUCCAAAAGAGAAUAAAGAGGACGUGACAGUUUAUUCUGAAGUAAAACCCAAAAGGCCCACUACAACUGUACCAGCAGAUGGUGAAGCAGCUGCACACUCCCCCUUUCGUGUGCUGGCUGCGUGUUUGGGGAUCCUCUGCGUCCUCCUGGUGGCGAGCAUCAGCGCCAUCAUCUGCAUCAGCGUGGUAAUGAACAAACAGAAAGCGGACAUCAGCAACCUCGUGGCAGAAAACCAGAAGCUGAUCACGGAAAGGAGCGUCUUAGAGAGAGAGACAGAGGAGCUGAGCAGAGUCAAUGACAGUCUCAACUGGACGAUGGGAGUCAUCCUGAAGUUUAACACCUUUCCAGUAAAUGAAUACUGCCCAAAGAAGACCGGCCCGAGUACCCUUCUCGAGUGUAAUCCAUGUAAGAAAGACUGGAUUCUGUUCCAGGAUAAGUGCUACCUGUUUUACAAUAGAGAUGGUUGGAAAACAUGGGGAGACAGCCGGAAGUAUUGCCAAGCCACAUCUGCAGAUCUGGUUGUUGUUGACAGUCUACAUGAACAGGAAUUCCUCAGUAAUCACACCGUGUACUACUAUGACAAGUUUCAUGGAUUCUGGUUGGGGUUAAAUGAAACUAGGGACAAUAACUGGGUCUGGGUUGAUGGACGUAAUGACACUCUAAGCUACUGGAUGACGGAGGUGCUUGGCCCCACUGGUCCAUGUGCACUGAUGAUCCCUGGGAGGAAUCUCACAGCCAGCUGGGACCCAGCAAAAUGUAGCAUGGCGAACAAAUUCAUCUGUGAGAGUGAUCCUCUGAUAAAGUCUGAUUAGUUAGUGCUCUGCGUUUUCUCAAAGCGUUCUUGUUGUGUGCAAAAUUACUUUUCCAAAACUGUAUCCCCACAUUGGAAAAUAAGAAAAUUCAAAUAUUAAUCAGAGAUAUAUGGAUGAUUUCAUAUGUAAACAUCUACCUAUGCUAUUGCGUUUCAUUAGCUCCUUUUUGGUGUUUUUGAGACGAUAUCUUAUACAGUUGAUGUUCUCUUAUAUAAGAGUAACCAAGGCCUGUAACUGCUGCUGAUAUCUAAUGGAGAUAUACAAAAAGCCCAGCUAACACUGAUUUGUUUUGCAGGCGAUGGAGAAUUUAGUCAUCCAUCUGUGUAAUCAUCUUUGAAUUAAAGCAACAUUUCAGUGAGGUUAACUGGGAAGAUACUGUACUUCAGUGAUGUUCAGUUUGGUAACAUUUAAUAUAAGUCAGUGAGUUUUGGGCUUCUUGCAAUGAUCCAAAAUUCAAGGUGGACUGAUGCAACAUGCACACCAGGCUGCGUGCCUGUUGCUGAGUUACUGCAUGUUGGGAAGUCAAGAGAAGAAGUUUGUUGUCUUUCAUAAUGACUAGCGCGUCAAAUGUGUUGUGCAAAAAAAGAAAAAAAAAAAAGUUCCAGUUUGACAGAGGAUUUUUAAGCUCCAUGAUUUUUUAUUUUCACCUAAAUUUUAGUGUCAUGUUUUAGUAUCGUCAUUUGUUUUCUGUCUUUUUGUAUUGCUGUCAAUUUUUACUAGCAUUUCAUUAUUGCAAUUUUUGCCAUAUAUAUAUAUAUUUUUAAUUAUUAUUAUUCUAGUGUUGCUUCUUUCUAUUUUAUGUCCUGUAUAGUUUUUUGUGUAAAACACUGUGAGCUGCAUCUAGUCUAUAAAUUGUGCUAUAUAGAUAAAACUAUUAUGACUUUUUUUUUCUUAAGUAAUAGGCAUUACAGGAAGGUAUCCAUCCUGCCUCAUGAAGCCGGUGGUAUUAAAUGAAAAGCUACUAUGGAACAAAUACAGUGCUGUAAUGAGGGUACUCUACAUCCAGGAAGAUCCAUGCAUUUAAUAUGUCAGUUGAGUCACAUCUGUUGUAAGCUACUGUUGACACACCUCAUGUCCUUCUGUCACAAACUUCACAAGUUCCCCAUUUCACAGAGAUUUCAAACUUCAAAGUUAUUUGUGGAAAAAAGACAGAAAGAGGAAAGUUAAAACAAAUCUGAGGUUACAUCUAUUCUGAAUGUUAAGAGUUACUACACAGAACAUUAUCUGCUAUUUUCUGGAUAUAAGAGUCAACGAGAUACAAACAUUUCACAUGCUGACAAUGUGAUUUCACAACCCUGAUUCCAAAGUUGUGAUGCUGUGUAAAAUGUAAAUAAAAGCAAAAU